CUUUCAAUGUCGGAUUAACCCGCAACAAACGACGGUAUCACUUUUCUACCGUUCAUUGCUACUAAGAUUCGCAACAACACCCGUCUCUAACAAACUUGAGCGGCGAUGGAUAUGGCUUAAAUUUUCCGCUCAGUAUAUGGUUGUCGCAGACAAGAGGGUAGCUUUAGACGAGGGAACGCCCCAAAUUCGUAAAGCUAAAGCACAAAGUACUUUCAUCUCUUUUCCCCGCGCAAAGUUCGUUGUGGCUCUACUUAGAAUAUUACAAAAGGGAGACGGAGUACGCUAAGCGACGGACGGCUUUGCGGUGGUCGCGAAUUAAUAUCAAUAAAAUUGUAUUUUCUAAACUUUUAAAAAUAAUAAAAUAACAUAGGCAAGAUAUAAUUGUAGAGACGGUGCUGUGUUGAGGAGCUGAGCAGCCUUGUCCGUGUGGUAUCGUGGCGUGUGGACGCGGGCGACCGGUCGCCGUGCGGCCCGAGUGCCGCUGCCGUCUCCUUAUCGAUUUUCUCAAUGCUGCAUUCAAUUACUAUAUAAACCGUGAAUGCGGACUGCACACUUCCACGCGAGUAAUAUACGUUACGCUUAAUCGUUGCACAAACGAACGUUGAUUCAAUAGUUUAUUCUAUAUAGCGGUGCCUAAACUGAUUCAUACAAAAUUAAUACAGCUUAGCCUUAUAGUGUGAUGCGGUAAAUCCGCGAAUACGAUAGUAGGGUCGUCGUUUUGCGAGGUUAUAGUCCUCGCUGCCUUAUGUCGAUGAUCACAUCGCCACUAUUUUGGGAAUGGUUUAACAUUUGGCUAGUUGAAUUUCUGAAGGAUCUAUAUCAUGAAAUUAAAAUGGUUGCGCUAAGAGGUAAUGGGUUCGUAUCGCACGGCGGUCAGUCAGAGGUGGUGGGCAAUGGGGGGCAGAACUGCGGCGGCAUUGGUUCGGCGCGCGUGCACGUGCAGUACAUGCCGGGGCCGAGCAAGCACGAGCCGCCGCGGUACCCGGCCUGUGCGCCCGCCGCCGCUUCCUCCGGUACCACCUACAGGCUACUGCCGCAGUCGACGCCAAACAGUUAUCCAAGAGCUUCAACACCACACAGGUCGGAGUGCUACCAUCCGGCGGGGUCGACGGCCUCCGGCUACUUGCCGGGGGCUCAGCCGACCUUAGGGCCCCAGCAGAGCCUGCGUCCGCAGCCGACCCCUCAGCCGUCUGCGCCCCCGGCGCCCCCCGCGCCCGCUGCGCCACAACUUGACAUGUCAAAGCCUGCCCUGGCAGGACACAACUACGUGCCACAACAAAGUCAGAGCCCGCAGUCGAGACCGCAGUAUUCAAACUUCUCGUACAGGGCGCAGCAUGGAGCUCGGCCCAAUACACAUCCAAGACAACAGCAGCCGUAUCUAGGUGGUGCGGGUAAUAAUACAGCGGCGCCGGUCGUGUACCAUCAUCCCACGCUGGUCUUCCAGCCACAUAUGGGGUUGCCGCAAGGCUACCAACAGCCAAGGUCGUCUUCUUCAGGAUUCUACCAGUAUGUGUCUCCAUACUUGGGCUACGGCACGCCCACUGGUCAUACGCCACCAUGUGAGUAUAUCGCAGAUUACUACCCUAACAACCAGCCCCUGGGUGGUAGUGGGGUGGCGACGAGCAGCGCCCGCGCCGGCGCGCCGCUAGUGGGGCCGCAGCCGACAGCCGCCGCACCCCCGGCGCCGCUCCCCCACGCACCCCCUCCACCACAUCUGCACAGCGCUAUGCCAGGUGUCCGACCUACACUGACAAAGCGCAGCCACCGAGUGCCUAUAAUAGACCCUGUAACACAACAAGAGGUCCUCUCUGAGUUAUACAAUAAUGAUACAUAUUUCGUUCCGGGCGAAAUGAACGAAAGACAAACUCCUCAGCCGGUAUGUAUUUAAACUUUAUUGCAAACA